AUGUUUCUAGCAGAGGAGGAUGCGCCCUUGCUCAGGACGUGGCUCUUGAGCAAGCUACCUGAAGUAUCCGAUACAGAGACCGACAUCUUGGCGGACUAUGUCCUAGCUCUUCUCGCCUCGCAGGAAGGCGACGCUGCGCACAUUCGUGCGGCAUGCGAAAGCGAAUUGCCGCAGUUCCUCAACGCAGAUACUGCGCCAGAAUUUGUUGACGAGUUGUUUCGCGUCAUCGAGUACAAGUCUUUCAUCCCAGGCGCGCCUCCCCCGCCCAAGAGAUGGGCAAAAGCAGAUGACCGCGCGGCGAUUCCGGAUUUUCCGUCUCAGGGUGGCUCGCGAAAGCGCUCAUUCAAUGAAAGAGGCGACACCGGCGCUUCGGGUGAUGGGGACGUGGGCUUUGACGAGCGCGCAUACAAGCAGCCUCGUCGGGGUCAAUGGGACUCGACGGCCUCGGGUUCUGGAGGGUACCACGCGCAGCCUUUCCCUGCCGAUGGCUCAUUCCAGCUGUCCGCUGCCGCAGCGCCGUACGACCCAAACUUUCCGCGGGCGGCACCGCCUGGUCCCCAAAACUGGCGCGUGAUAUCCCAGAUGCCGCCGGCCUACCCUCAGGGAGCCCCGCCGCAUGGCACGCCUCAAGGCCCACGAAGAAAUAGGCAGAAAUGCCGCGACUUCGCGACCAAGGGAUACUGCGCUCGCGGAAACUCGUGCCAGUUUGACCACGGCGUCGAGCCCAUCUGGGUACCGCCUCCCAGUGGUCCCAGUGGGCCUCCCAGAUUCGAGGACUUUGAUCCCCGGGACGCGGCCAUGAUGAUGUCGCAAAACUUCCAACAAAUGCAGCAGCUCAUGGAGGCAUUCAAUGCUGAAAGAGGUAGCCGAGACGGCCGUAAGAACCGCCGUAGUGCUAGAGGCAAACGGCGCCAGAACCGAGCCUCGUUCUCCGCCGAAGGCCCCGUCGAGGACAGAACAAAGACCACCAUCGUCGUUGAGAAUAUCCCCGAGGAGCACUUGUCCGAGGAGGAAGUUCGCAAGUUCUUCUCCGAGUUUGGUAGCAUUGAAGAGAUCACGCUGCAGCAGCACAAGAGGCUCGCGACCGUCACAUAUGACACGUGGGAUGCAGCCAAUGCCGCGUAUCGUUCUCCCAAGGUCAUCUUCGACAAUCGCUUUGUUAGAGUCUUUUGGUUUGUCGAAGAGAGUGAGCAGGCCGCUGCACGUGCUGCUGCCAAUGGCGGCGAAGACCAAGAAGCCGAGCCCGAGAUCGAUCUGGAGGAGUUUAUGAAGAAGCAAGAAGAGGCCCAGCGUCAGCACGAAGAAAAGGCGCAGAAGAAGGCGGAGCUAGACAAGCAACGCCAGGAACUAGAGCAGCGGCAGCGCGAACUGCUUACCCAGCACCGCGAGGUACAGCAGAAGCUCCAGGCUAAGCUGGCAUCGAAGAAUGGCGACGGAGGAGAGAAUGCGGAAGACGGCUCGUUGAACUCGGCACUUCGUGCACAGCUCGCGGCUCUCGAAGACGAGGCUAAGCUCCUUGGUCUUGACCCGAGCGCGACGGAUGAGCCGGUCGGCGCCUGGCAUGCGAGCACUCGCGGUCGUGGCAGAGGCGGGUUCGUCCCCCGUGGCCGCGGCUAUGCGCCUCGAGGAAGGGGAUCCUACCGCGGUGGUGGGUACAGGGGCGACGUUCACGCUGCUUACGCCGCGUACUCGCUCGACAACCGUCCCAGGACUGUCUCUGUCACCGGCGUGGACUUUACUUCGCCUGAGAAGGACGAGGUGCUCCGGCAAUACCUCCUCGCCGUCGGCGAAUUCACAGAGAUCAAUACGACCUCUUCCAAAACCGAAGUCACCUUCAAGGACCGCAAGACGGCCGAGAAGUUCUUUUACGGUCUCCCAAAGCAGGAGAUUCCGGGUAUCGAUGGCCAGCUCGAGUUGUCUUGGGUCGCCACACCGCUGGCGCUGGCCAAGACCGAGAACGGCUUGUCGUUGAAACCCCAGAGCGCGUCUGACCAUGAUAUGACCAUGGGCAACACCGCACCUAGUGGGUCUUUGGCAGCGCAUGGCCUGGUGGACCAGCAACCGGAACAGCAGCGGGAGAUGGACUACGAUGUUGCGGACGAUGAUGACUGGGGAGUUGAGUAG